AUGGCUUGGUGCUUUAUCCUGGUAAUUCCCGUCCCUUUACCCACAAUGCAGCCGAAACACAGAAAUACCAAGAAGAAUAAAACCAAAGUUAAAAACAGCAGGAACUCUAAUAAAAGCAGUAAAAAGCCCAAGAAAAGUAAAGCCAAGGCAGGUAAGAAAGGUGACGAGCCGGCAGUAAAGAAGGAAGGGAAGCAGUCUGACGGGAGGCAAGGUUAUCCAGCUCCGGGUGAGAGUCAUGGUGGCGAUAUUGACUCUAAACUAAAGUGCAAACCUCACAAAAAGUGUACUCAAGCCGGUGGGAAGUGCCAGAAGAAAAAGACCUGCAAGACCAAAGUUGCCGCUGUCAAGUGCAAGGGGAAGUCGUGCGAGUGUUGCCUCUCAGCUUGUGCAGUUAAACCCAAAAAGAAGUGUAAGAAAUACAAGGGGGUGUGCAAGAAGAAGUGCGAGUCGACUGAGCGCCAGAUAGCCAAGGGCUGCUCCAAGAAGAAGUGCGUCUGCUGUGCCAAGCCUUGCAAGCCAUUGAGCGCCUGCAAUGUUCUCGGUGGUUACUGUGUUGACAAUAAGAAAUUCUGCACGGGAAUGAUAAACAAAAAGGGCUGCAAGGGAACCAAGUGUCUCUGUUGUUACGCAGGGAAAAUUUCCACAUAUUUUCAUGAGGAAAACGUUAAUGGAAAAACUAAUGAAGCAGAACCACAAGAACAGGAGAGAACAGUUCUGGAGCCGCGAGACAAGAGAGCCAGAGACUCUGGCCUGGAGGACCAUUAUAUAAAAGGUGACCACGACGACAGUAGUUCUGGCAAUCCCGAGGGAAGAGCAAGAGUUCGCAGAGCCAAGAAUGAACAAAAACGACGUCACACUAAGAGUAAGGAAGAAGCUGACCGUGUCAAAAAUGAUGGUGAAUCACAAACUCAUAAACUAAGUAAAGGUUUCUGGACAAAGAAUGAAGAAAAACGCCGCAAUGUACAGAAAAAGACAAAAUCGAACUUUAAGAGCAGAGAGGCGCGUGGAGGUAGCAAGGAACGCAUUUCCGUAAGAGCUGGCAGAUACAAGACUGUGGGAGGAGGACAAACUGGCAAGAAAGCCGCUAAGGAAAGGAAAGUCACUGGCAAGAAAGCCGCUAAGGGAAGCAAAGUCACUGGUAAGAAAGCCACUAAGGGAAGGAAAGUUACUGGCAAGAAAGCCGCUAAGGGAAGCAAAGUCACUGGGAAGAAAGCCGCUAAGGGAAGGAAAAUCACUGGGAAAAAAGCCGCUAAGGGGAGGAAAAUCACUGGGAAAAAAGCUUUAACGAACAGGAAAGUAGCCGGGAAAAAAGUUUCAAAGAACAGGAAUAUCGCUGGCAAAAAAGCCAAUAAAGAAAAGAAAGUCAUCGCAGGGGAGAAACAAAAUAAUAAAUUCCGUAAGAAUUUACGUGAAUCCAGAAACAAACAACACAAGAAAAACAGCCGUCAACAGGGAAAGUUAAUCAAACCAAAGAAAGCAAAAUCUAAUUAUAAACAAAGUAACAAACAAACGGCCAAAGCUAACAAACAUACAAAAUCGCCAAAGAGUAACGAAAACAAAAGACAAAAAGGCAACAAAAGCAAGAGUGGUAACAAAAAUAAAAAGCGAGACAAACCUACUAAGAAACAUCAGGACAAAGGAAAGGCAUCAAAGCAACACAAGACCAAUCAAAAAAAACUUAAAACUGCCAAUAAAAUAAAAAAUAAUGUCAAAACCAUCAAAAAAAGUAAAAAAAAGAAUGAAAACCAAAAUAUAAAUAAAAAUGAAAAAAAUAAAAAACUACAGAAAAAUAGCCUGAAAGCAAAAAAGAAAGGUAACAAAACAGCAGUAAAGAAGGCAGGGAAGAAAACAGUAAAGCACUCUAGUACUGGAGCUUCUCAUGAAUCAAGUGAAAGCCAUAGUUUUGAGUCAAAGAUAAAGUGCAAACCUCAUAAGAAGUGUAUUCAAGUCGGCGGGAAGUGCCAGAACAAAACCUGCAAGACCAAAGUUGUUGCUGGCAAGUGCAAGGGGAAGUCGUGUGUGUGUUGUCUCUCACCUUGUGCACUGAAACCAAAAAAGAAGUGUAAGAUAUACAAGGGCGUGUGCAAGAAGAAGUGCGGGUCGACGGAGCGCAAGAUAGCCAAAGGCUGCUCCAAGAAGAAGUGUGUCUGCUGUGCCAAGGCUUGCAAGCCAUUGAGCGCCUGCAAUGUUCUCGGUGGUUACUGUGUCUCCAGUAAGAAGCUCUGUACAGGAUUGAUAAACAAAAAGGGCUGCAAGGGAACCAAGUGUCUCUGUUGUUAUCCAAGAGUGACGACCUCAGUAUCAUAUACAACUACAACUGCUGCACCAAGUACAACUACUGCAGUCAAUACAACUACUAGAGUCAGCACAACUGCUGCACCUAGUACAACUACUGCAGUCAAUACAACUACUAGAAUCAGCACAACUACUGUAGCCAGCACAACUACUGUAGUCACUACAACCAGUGUUGUAGUCACAACAUCUCCAGUGAACCUUACAUUAAUAAUAGCUAAUCUCAUUACGCAACUCAACAAUUUGGUCACCACUCUAAAUAGCACACUUAGUGCGGUAACGACUCUUCAAACCCUUCAAACUCAACUUACUACUCUUCUUAACACAAUUAACGCAAUACUUGGUGGACUAGGAAGGAGAAGACGCAGCAUAUCACAAGACAUUACUUGGCUUCGGGCGAUCAUCGACAACACAGCAACCGCGUUGACAAAUGGAGACUUUACCACUGUUAAUAGUCAGCUUUCACUGCUAAAUAUGGCGCAGACCAGAUUGUUUCAAAUAUCUUGCAAAAUUAAUAGUUCUUCGUCAGUCAAUUCACAACUUCUGUCAGACGUACAGUCAGUUCUAGCCAGCGUCAACAAAGCUGUAGGCGCUGGUAAUGUACAAACAAACAAUUUAAAAAGCCGGAUCAACACCCUUCAAACUCAACUCAACCAACUUGGAGGACCCAUUAUUCCUCUACCUAUCGUCCAGCCCGUGCCACCACUGGCCAUUUGUCCAGUGAAACUACCGCCCCGACCACCAAACAGAAUUCACACUACCACACGUCCCAAUACACAUGAAAUUAUAAGAACUACAACAAGAAAUAUAAUACUAGAUGAUCUCUAUUCGCAAUUCAGGCGACUGUAUUCCGUCUUAAAAGCUAUAGAUAAAGUAAUUACGGCUCUUACUCAAGUUGAAGCUUUACUUAAAAAUCUUGCAGCCGCAAUUCAUGUAUCGAUAACAGGACACAUGAGACAACACAUCCCCUCUGAAAUUAUCCACGGAAUUCAAGCUCUCAUUAAAGAUACUCGAAAUGCGAUAACAACAGGAAACACUUCAAUUUUAUCUUCUGUUCUUUAUCAGCUGAAUGCUGCAAGAAACACUUUGAUCCUAAUAAUACAGUUGAUAGUAAAUAGAUCAUUGAUACGGGAUCGAGAUCUUCAUUUAGCAGUUCAUUCUAGUCUUAAAACCAUCGAGGAUGCCAUAGCCAAUGCUAAUGCAAUCAGAGAAACAAUAUUCAGAGAAAUUACCGACCUUCAACGCAACAUAUUCGAUCAUGGAGGAACUUCAGUGAUUAUACCAAGCGUCCCUCCCUUUGUUACAUUCCCUACCUUGCCGAUCUUUUCUUCUAUAGCCAGCAUUACAACGCCUCCACCCAGCAUUGCAACUACUGCAGCCAUCAUUACAAUUACUGGAGCCUUCAUUACAACUACUGCAGUCAGCCCUACAAUUACUGCAACUACUGCAGUCAGCCCUACAAUUACUGCUGCCAGCACUACAAUUACUGCAGCCAGCACUACAACUACUGCAGUCAGCACUACAACUAUUGCAGCUAGCACUACAACUACUGCAGCCAGCACUACAACUACUGCAGCCAGCACUACAACUACUGCAGCCAGAACAACAACUACUGCAGCCAGCACUACAACUACUGCAGCCGUAACUACAACUAUUGCAGCCAGCAUUGUAACUACUGCAUCCAGCAUUGUAACUAGUGGAAUUACUGCAGCCAGCAUCACUGGUCUCUUAGCACAACUCACCCUACUACAAUCAGCCUUAGCUACAAUAAACAAUUCAAUUGUAAAUAUCCAAACCCUUCUCCCUCAGCUGAAUACUCUUAUAGCCGCAAUUGUCGCAGCAAUAGGAAGAAGGAGAAGGAAACGCAGCGUUCCAGCUGACCUAAAGGGGCUUCAAACGCUCGCCACACAAGUUCUGUUGGCGAUAAGCCAAAACGACUUUGGCACACUAUCUUCACUGAAUGGGCAAAUGAUAAUGGCGAUGUCCAAUGUUAGUGCAGUAACAAAAAGUAUUAUUGAUAAACAAUAUACUCCCGAUGCCACCUUCCUGUCGACGAUGGUGGGAACUUUUACCGCCUUUAAUACUGCCGUAGAUGCCGCAAAAUCUGUGGCAACCUCUUUGGUAAAUAACAUCAAUGCAGUCCAGAGGAGCAUUGGCCAACAGGGAGGAACCACGGUAACUAUACCUACAAUUCCACCUAUCUUCUUUAAUACUCAGUCACUCUGUCCCACGCAAAUACCACUGACAACAAUCCCUAUUCAAUCAACCAUGGGUCCUUCUCCGGGUACUUCACCAGGUCCAACAACCGCUGGUGGUUCAACGCCGACAACCACAGGUGGCUCAACGCCGACAACCACAGGUGGCUCAACGCCGACAACCACAGGUGGCUCAACGCCGACAACCACAGGUGGCUCAACGCCGACAACCACAGGUGGCUCAACGCCGACAACCACAGGUGGCUCAACGCCGACAACCACAGGUGGCUCAACGCCGACAACCACAGGUGGCUCAACGUCGACAACCACAGGUGGCUCAACGCCGACAACCACAGGUGGCUCAACGCCGACAACCACAGGUGGCUCAACGUCGACAACCACAGGUGGCUCAACGCCGACAACCACAGGUGGCUCAACGCCGACAACCACAGGUGGCUCAACGCCGACAACCACAGGUGGCUCAACGCCGACAACCACAGGUGGCUCAACGCCGACAACCACAGGUGGCUCAACGCCGACAACCACAGGUGGCUCAACGCCGACAACCACAGAUGGCUCAACGGGUCCAACAACCGCGGCUGGUUGAACGGGUCCAACAAUCGGACGGUAGUACUACAAGACGGACUACAAAAGGAACAACAACAGCAGCCUAGAAGUUACAAAAGUAGAUACAAGAAAUCUCUGGGGUCUAGAUGACAACAGCAGGAGGUACUACCGCCCCAUCACUCUCAGGUGGAACAACAAGUUAAACGUCCUUAACAACACCUUGAACUACUUAAAAUUAAUAGUUCUAAUACAACUACUUAAAAUUAAUUAAUAAAAAAAAUAAUUCUUUGAUGAUGAGAACAAGAACAAUGUCUGGCAUUUGACUGACAACACAUAUAGCUUAGGAGACUACUACAACAGUUAGAACUUAGGGGGACUACUACAACAAUUAGAACUUAGGGGGACUACUACAACAAUUAUAAAUUGUAGAGACUACUACAAUAAAUAUAACUUAGGGGACUGCUAUAAGAAGUAUAAUUUAGGGGGGGGGGGAUUACUACAACAAAUAUAACUAAGAGAACUACUAAAACAAGUAUAACUUAGGGGACUGUUUCAGCAAAUAUAACAGAUUAGACUACUGACACAAGUAUAACUAGAGCACUACUGCAGCAAGUGUAACUGAAGAAACUGUUGCAACAAGCAUAGCUUAAGGAGGCCUGGUUAGAGAUCAGGUCUCGUGGCCUAAGACGAAAUCUCCACAAGUUAAUAUAGGUAGGAGACUACUGCAACAAGUACAACUUUGGAGAAAAAAAAAAUAAAAAACUUAUUGGACUGCAAUAGGAAGUAUAAGGAUUUAGGAGACUACAAUAGGAAGUAUAAGGAAUUAAGAGACUACAAUAGGAAGCAUAAGGAUUUAGGAGACUACAAUAGGAAGUAUAAGGAUUUAGGAGACUACAAUAGGAAGUAUAAGGAUUUAGGAGCCUGCAAUAGGAAGUAUAAGGCUUUAGGAGCCUGCAAUAGGAAGUAUAAGGAUUUAGGAGACUACAAUAGGAAGUAUAAGGAUUUAGGAGACUACAAUAGGAAGUAUAAGGAUUUAGGAGCCUGCAAUAGGAAGUAUAAGGAUUUAGGAGCUUGCAAUAGGAAGUAUAAGGAUUUAGGAGCCUGCAAUAGGAAGUAUAAGGAUUUAGGAGCCUGCAAUAGGAAGUAUAAGGAUUUAGGAGACUACAAUAGGAAGUAUAAGGAUUUAGGAGACUACAAUAGGAAGUAUAAGGAUUUAGGAGCCUGCAAUAGGAAGUAUAAGGAUUUAGGAGCUUGCAAUAGGAAGUAUAAGGAUUUAGGAGCCUGCAAUAGGAAGUAUAAGGAUUUAGGAGCCUGCAAUAGGAAGUAUAAGGAUUUAGGAGCCUGCAAUACGAAGUAUAUGGAUUUAGGAGCCUGCAAUAGGAAGGAUUUAUGAGACUAAAAUAGGAAGUAUAAUGAUUAAGGGUAUUACAAUAGGAAUUAUAAUAACUUCGGGGGCACAAUAAAAAGUAUAACAUUUUAAGGGACAACCAUAUAAACUAUAUCAACUUAGAAGAUACAAUAUAAUGUAUAACAACUUAGAGGACCAUAGUAGGAUUCAUAGCAACUUUGGGGACUACAGUAAUAAGUACAAAAUCCCACGGAACAACAACAGCAAAUACAAUUACUUGUUAAUGAUAAUUCAAUGUAUUUAUAUAAUAUCAGCUUAUAAUUUGAUUCAGCCAUACUUAUUAACUCACGUUAAAAGAUCACAUUAACACAUGUUAAAAGGAAUCGAAACAGAACCAGAUCUUAAGUUCUUUAUUAAAGGCUUAUGGCAAACACUUAUUUUUGUAAGUCUGUUACAAAAAUGUUUAAUACCUAUAUAAUGUUCUUUAUUGAUCACCCACAAUAAACCUUAAACAUUCUCUUGGAGAAACUGUUAAAUAAUAUAUGUAUGAUUAAUAUAAUUUUUCUUACUGACAUUAAUGAAAUGUUUCCAAAAAUCUAAUUUUUAUGUAAAUUUUAUUAUACAUAUAUGUAUAUUAUUAUAAUACACAUUUUUCUGUAUUGGUUUAUUGACUGCAGCACUGAGCAUUAGAAAAUUGUUCUAUGGAAGUAAAAUUCUUAGAACAAAA